AAAAAAAGUAUUUUGGGAUUUUCUCCAAUAUGAAGUGAAUCCCUUUCUAAAACCCUGCCGUUCAGAAAAGAGACGGCGCUGUCUGUAACCGGCAAAGCAGAGCCCUUCCCCAGGCCAAAAUAUGUCCUCCGCCGCCGCGUCAAGGCGUUUGGUUUCCAGUCUCCACCGCAUCCUCUCGCUUUCCUCCAGAUCAUUCUCCUCCGGAGCAGUAGUCGUCACCCGUGCGCCAUCUUCAUUUCAUCAAUUUCUGAGGGGAUUCACUGCCAGUUCCGAUGCUCUGCUUCAGCAGCAGCAGGAAAUUGCUUUGCCCACGCGAAUCAUCGAACCCAAGCCCGGCGCCAUGUCCCCUUCGUCCAAGCGAACGGGGCUCAUCGCCGUCAAGUGCGGGAUGACUGGGCUUUGGGACAAAUGGGGCGCUAGGGUUCCCAUCACCGUGCUCUGGGUCGACGACAACAUCGUCUCUCAGGUCAAGACUAUCGAGAAAGAAGGGAUUUUUGCCUUGCAGAUCGGUUGCGGCCAGAAGAAGGCGAAGCAUUUAACGAAGCCUGAAGUGGGUCAUUUCAGAGCUCAAGGUGUUCCUCUGAAGAGGAAAUUGAGGGAAUUCCCAGUCACUGAAGAUGCGCUGCUGCCCCUCGGCACUUCUCUUGGCGUUCGUCAUUUCGUUCCGGGCCAAUAUGUUGAUGUCACUGGAAUCACCAUGGGAAAAGGUUUCCAGGGUGGAAUGAAGAGGCAUGGGUUUAAAGGAGGGCCGGCGAGUCAUGGUGCAUCCUUAUCGCACAGAAGUAUUGGUUCUACUGGUCAGAGGGAUGCUCCUGGUAAGGUCCGUGCUGCCAUCAUCAUCAUCAUCAUCAUCAUAUUCCCUGUUCGUUUAUGUAGUUGUGUAAAUUUAGGUCAAUUUAGUUUUCCUUCUAGUCGAUGUGAUUGAUCGCCCCUCGAAUCGUGAAUGUGUGAUGUAGAACAGACUCUUGAUUUCCUUUGGUUGUCGAAGUUUCCUUCUAUAGACAGUAGGCAUUUGGUGGGUUUAAAACUCAAGCGGUUAGCUUUCGUUCUGAGUUGAGACUGAGUUAAGCUCCGUGGAGUGUUAUCUCAUGAUGUGUACAUUACCAUAUGUUUUUGUAUUAGGUGUGUUCUAUUGGCGAGUUUGCAUCUCUUAUAUGUAUAUUUGCAUUUUCAGGUCUUUAAAGGGAAAAAGAUGCCUGGGCGUAUGGGUGGCAAGCAAAGAACGGUGAAGAACGUAUGGAUAUACAAGAUCGAUCCAGUUCGGAACUUGAUCUGGGUGAAAGGCCAAGUACCGGGAGCAGAAGGUAAUUUCGUGUUCAUAAAAGAUGCGGUGUACAGGAAGCAUGAGAUUUCGUUGCUUCCUUUCCCAACGUAUUUCCGCGGAGAAGGCACAGAGGAUACGUUGGAACCUUUGGUCGCGGACCUUGGAGACGUAGAUCCAUUCAUGCUGGGAGAUUAGCAACUUCUGUGAGCAAGCCCUAUAGGAAAACUUUGCUGAUUAGGAAUUCAGACAGCUCGUUCUUACUCCUGAUAAGUUUUGUUGUUCAGUUGAAAAACAAUCGUGUGUUGCCUCUAGGUGCCCCUAAGAGGGCAAAUACUGUGAGUCAGAGGUGUAGGUACAUAAUUUGCAGCCUUUUGUUGUUCCAAUUUGAACAUGAAUAAUAUUUUGGUUUGAACGAGAGGA